AUGUCCUACCCCGACGAGAUCCCUCCGGAUUUCGUGACCCCUCACGACGGCACCCACCCGGGCGACGAGCCGCUCAGGCCGUUGGACACCGUCAUCGCCCUCUACGACUUCGCCGCCACCCAGCCGCUGCACUUGCCCCUCCGCCUCGGCGACACCGUGUACAUAUUGGCCAAGGCCGCCAACGGGUGGUGGGACGGCGUCGUCAUCGGCGCCAGCGGCGAUCUCCAGCGCGGGUGGAUCCCCCACAACUACGUCCGCUCGGUCAAUUACGUCCAGCCGGUGCUCAACAAGCUCAAAAGCAACAAGGAGCUCGACUCCAUCACCGCGGCAAACACCGCCGCCAACGUGCUUAUUCCCUCGUUCACCAGCUUGCUCCAAAAGAACCUCGCCGACUACUCGGAACGCCUGACCUCCCAGGACACCACGCGAAAAAACUCGGUGGUGCUGUUUGCCAGCGAAGACACUCAGAGCUCCCACGAAACUUCUCAGAAACAAUCACAGGCGCCACCGCCUCUGGGGGCAACUACCCAUAACCCCCUGGUGGCCACCACCAUCACUCUAGGGCUGGACGAACAACCUCUGCAGGUGGAACUGCCGCUGGUCGGCGACCCUGCACCUGAGGAACGCAGCCCGCUGCCGGUAUACGUCCUGGAGACUGAAGCCGAGCGGCUAGCUGAUGACUAUGUGGCCGAAUGGGGCCGCGGCGUAACUUGGAUUCCGCGGUGCACUAUUGGCGGCGAUUUCUCGUUCUUCCUGCCUCAGCUUGAGGUCUACUGCGAAGUGGUACCUAUGACCAAUUUCACCGCCUCCAAUUUAACCAUUCCCGCCCCCAUUGAGGCACCGCUGUUCGAACUGUUAAAGAACCUGAGCAAAAUGGUUGAUGCCGAUGCCGAAAUGCCUCGCCAACCACUGAAACUUUCUACCGCUCCGACUUUUGACCUGGGCGGACUGGUGUUUAAACGUGAUAGUAACGCGUCGCUGCUGAUCUCCCAAGGACUGCAACUGCUAUACCACCACUUUACUCAAUCAUUCUUUUACUUGGACGACUUGUUCUACCCGCAACUGGGCGAUCUUCAGCAGUGGGACCAGGUGCCGCCGGCGAUGGACCAGAUCUUAGAGUACACGCUGAUCGCCGUCCGCGACCAGAACAAGCCGUUGUUCACCACCCAUAUGGACCGGGUACAACGCAUCAUUGCCCUUUGCAUUCUUGCUCUGAGACUCACUCAGGACGACUUCAACGGCACUCGCUUCGAGAAGCUGGUACGGCGCCGGUUAAAACGCCUCACCGCCCUGUUUUCCCAAUUAUACAUUAAUGGUCUCUUAUACUUGCUGUUAACUCAUUAUCUGGGGUCGCUUAACGAAGCCGGACCGGUGCUCCAAAACGAUAUCCGCCACUUAAACAAGCAGAGCCCGCUGAACCAAGUGCUGGUGCUGCUGUCAGGGAUUGAUAGCGUUGGCCCGCCGCUGCUGGAAAACCUGAUGGCGCUGAAGUCUGACGCCGCUUAUUUGGCUCAAUUUGAGAAGGAAGUGGUCGAGCUCAAACACAUUAUUAGAGGUAUUGUUCGCAUCUUCAACAAGGUCACCGAAGGUAAACGUGUUUACCGCCGCCAUUACGAUCUGAGCGAUACCGAGGCCGAGUCAGAUGACGAUAUGACUGGUGCUGACCGUCUGGGCCGGCUUCCCCAAGUGUACCCUCGGUUCUUCACCGACGAGUUCAACGGCGGCAACUGGUGUAACCCGUUUUUCAUGUCGCAAAACCCAGUGCUCAACGUACUGGGUGAUGACCUCAAAAACCGCUACCAUUCCAAAAUCGUCAUUGACCAACAAAUGUACGACCAGGUGGUGGGCAUCCUGGACAAAAUGCGUGAACUUCUGCAACUGACACUUGCGUUCCUCACUCCGGAAAGGCAACAAGAGUUCUACAACGACACCCUCAAGCAGGAGAGAAACACUCAGAUAUUGCGGCUUGUGUACAAAUACUUGUUCCACGCGUCGCUGCUUAUUGACGUCAUCGAGCUGUUGGACUUUACCGUGUUCUGUCUUGUGAAGAAAGCGACUCCUGGCGAGUCGGACGACAGCCACAUACCGGGCUAUGAUGGCGACAAUGACGAUGACGGCGACGACGAAAUCCGCAAACGGCCUCCCUCCAGCCGCCGCCAACUGCGUAAAGAACCCGAGAUCGAUGCCCUGGAGUUCCAGUCGAACCUUGCCUUUGAUUAUCCCAUUGUACUCGAGUUCUUCCAGCUCAAACAGAAGUUCCAUGACUUAAUCAUGUCGGUGAUUAUGGGCACUCAGGCAUUGACGUUGGAAGACCCCGAUGUGUUCAAGGGGCUUAGGGAGGAAGACCAGCUCAUCUAUGAUAAGGAUCAGAUGAAAGACCCUCAGGAGAAGUCGGCAGCAGUACUUGCUCACAUUUUACUUGAACACGCUAAUCACCAUCGCGAUGGUGCCAUUUCCACUAACCCCGAUGUGGUGCUUUCUGAACAUCUUAGUGACCUGAUGAAGUUCCUUAAUCUGAUUCAGAAAAUCCUUCAACAACUUAUCGAAGAGCGGGAAACCAUUCUCAACUAUGCCACUCGUGUGCUCCACGAUGACUUGAACGUCCAACUUCUCGUCAUUGAGCGUAACAACACGUUGAUGUCGGAGAAGUCGGGGCCGCUGCAUCUGAACCUGUCGGUGGCAGCAGUGACCCUGGGCGUCGGCGGUGAUAUCACUCUGAACAUUGCUGCGGCAGCGAUGAAGAAAAGCGCCCGCGGAUCGUCAAACUCUCUGGCCGAUGCUCCCUGGUUUUUGGAGGGCGAUGAAGAGUUUGAUCUCAUCUUGGACAUUAAGGGUAACGUCAAGGGUGGUACCAAGGAGGCUUUAGUGGCUCACUUAACCCACCACGACCUCUUUGACCUGGCUUUCAACGCGGCCUUUUUGCUUACGUUCCCGACGAUGUUAUCGUUGGGUGAGCUUUUGGCUUUGCUCAUCAAUCGGUUCCAUAUGGAUGCUCCUGAUGGACUCUCCUUUGAAGAGUACAACUUGUGGUCGACGAAAAAGCGCAACCCGAUGCGGUUGAGAGUGAUGAAUAUCAUGAAGUUGAUCGUGGAAAAGCACUGGACUGAUCUGUACUACAAUGAGCUGGUGCUUCGCCGCUGGCUUGUGUUUGCUCAGCUGAAACCGGUACAACAGUUCCUGAUUGGCAAGCAAUUAGCCGUGGACUUAACUAAACUUUUAGCCGGGGAAAGAGUUUGCUUCGACCGAGUGCCGAUGAUACUCCCAGGCAAAGCGCCUAACCCUAUCACUAAAGGUCUGAUCCACGUCAAGAGAGCCAAAUUAACCGAUAUCGACUAUAUGGAACUUGCUCGUCAAUUGACUAUCAGAGAGUUUGCCAUGUACCUGAGAAUCCUGAAGUUUGCCUGUUUAGCCAAAGUGUGGGGUAAGAAGCUGGGGCUCAGUGAGCUGUACGACGAAAUCACCGCUUUCAUCAAGGCGCUGAACCAACUUACCAACUUUGUCGCCUACCUGAUUUUGCGCAAGCUGGACCCUCGCAAACGGGUACACAUAAUUCGGUACUGGGUACAGGUGGCGGAGAAGUGUCGUCAGUACAACAACUUCUCGCUGAUGACGGCAAUUAUUCUGGCGUUGUAUUCACUGCCGAUCCACCGGCUCAAGAAGACAUGGAAGUUUUUGAGUGGAGAGACGCUGAACCAUUUGCAUAACAUGAACAAGUUGAUGAAUCUGCUGCGUAACUUCAACGAGUACCGUGACGUGUUGAAGUUCAUUGGGCUGGAGCCCUGCGUGCCGUUCUUCGGGGUGUAUCUUCUGGACCUUACAUUCGUUUAUCACGGCAACCCCGACAAUUUGAUGAACCGCCUGCGCUUGAUCAACUUCGCUAAACGCGCCAAGACGUGUGAGAUACUCGGAGGCAUUGAUCGGUUCAAGACCACCGGCUACAACUUCCAGACGGUGAAGGAGAUCCAGAUGUUUUUGGACGUGUGGUAUGAGAAGUGCCCCACCAUCGCCGAACAGUAUCAAAUCUCUCUUCAACUUGAACCGCGGGAAGGUAGUCUUGCGGAUGAAAACAAGUCGAGGAAGUCCAAAGGUCACGGUAUUGCACCUAACUUUGAACGGAUGAUUUUGAGGUCGUGA